AUGCUUCCGACAUCGCGGCUAUUUCGACAUACGCUACGAUACGCUGGCAGGACCAGAGGUAUCCUACUUUCACGAGGUCUUCACGCGUCUAAAAUUAUAUUGGCUCGGAGAAAUCACCGAAAAUCGCCCAGCCGUUCGUCGUCCAAGCCAUCGCCGGUUUGUCAAAACAACGAGGAAGAAGAUGAGGAGUUUGUCAAGUGGGUUAACGAGGUGCAGCAGUACAGUCCGACCCAGACCCUGAACGAGGACAAAGUGCCGAACACGAUGGAGCUGGUCGAAGACGAAGAAGACGAGUAUGAUGAUGGAGAGGAACUUGACGAAGAGACUGAGAAGUUUCUCGACGAAGCUGAAGACCUUUUUCGUCUAAGCCCAACCGAGUUUCAAAAACGCAUGGACACAUUUGACCAACGUCACGCCGACGAGCACGAUGCCGACGAUGAGAACGAUGACCCUGAAGGAAUCGAUCGCGCGACAGAAAGAAUCCCUAGGAAGAAGUUGCUAAAGGUAUUGGCAGAGCUCAAUCCUAACAAUGUGUCAACAAGCAAGAACGCUGAGCGAAUGCCUAAUGCGAGCUUGAAAAACAAGAAUAUGUCUCCACUAGAGAGGAAACCAAAGCUACCCAAGGCGGAACGUGUGACGUAUCGUCAGGAGAGCGUGGGCAUUGCCGUGCUAGAGUAUGUGCAGAACCUUUUGGUUGAGGAUGCGGAUGUUUCUGGAGCAGAUAUCGUGCCUAUUUUUGUUGAGGCAAGCGUAUCGCCUGACCUGCGCCAGGUAGUGCUUCACUGGGAGCCAGUACGCUUAAACUCGGAGAACCAAAAGAUUGGCAAGAAAAAAGUCGAGGCGGUGAAGAAUCGCCUACAACGCCAGGAGCGCUGGAUUCGCCGCAACGUCACUCAGCAUCUAAACUUGAAGUACUCACCUGUUGUUCAGUUCAAGCAACAAACAGAAGCAAAGGCUGAAGUAGCACGAACGCUGUUUGAGGACGAAAUGAAGUGGCUGGACAGGGUGUAA